UGCUGCAGCAACAAACCUCCAAAAUCUCAUUGAACUUCCAAGAAUCACAACCAGCUCGUCAAUGGUUAUGGCGAAGCUCGCCCUGACGUUCUUUUCGGUUUUCUUCUUGUCAUUCAUUUCCUCCGGCUUGGCCAUUGUUUCCACAAGUUGGUGCAACAAGACUCCUUAUCCGGAACAGUGCAAGUACUUCAUGCAAGAUGCUCCGCAGCGCUUCGUGCCAGAGCACGCGUCCGAGUUCGGGAAGAUGGCCAUCGAGCUGGCCAUGGACCGUGCCCUCCAGGCACAGAGCCACAACAAGUGGCUCGGCGUGAAGUGCCGCAACCACAACGAACGGGCCGCGUGGGCCGACUGCUUGAAGCUCUAUCAGGAGACCAUCCACCGCCUCAACCGUACCGCCGCCAACUGCACUGACUCGGACCGGCAGACCUGGCUCAGCGCUGCGCUGACGAACCUCGAGACCUGUCGGACUGGUUUCGGGGAGCUCGGCGUCGCGGACUACGUGUUCCAGCUCAUGUACAACAGCAAUGUCACCAAGCUCAUAAGCAACGCUUUGGCCUUGAAUAGUAAUAAGGCCUCCUCCCCGGUCACGCAAGACACUACACAAAACGAGGGGCAAGGGUUUCCCAGUUGGGUCACUGGGGGUGAUAGGCGACUCCUGCAGUUGGCUUCCCCAACCCCAGACGUCACGGUGGCUCAGGACGGCUCAGGGAAUUUCCGGACAAUAAAGCAGGCGCUCGACGCAGCGGCAAAGAGGAGCGGAAGCAAGAGGUUCGUGAUUUACGUGAAGAGAGGAGUUUAUCAGGAGAAUCUUGAAAUAGGGAGUGGGCUCGAUAAUAUAAUGAUGGUCGGCGAUGGACUGAGAUAUACCAUCAUCACUGGCAGCCGGAGUGUCGGCGGGGGCUCCACCACCUUCAACUCGGCCACCGUCGCUGUUACGGGUGAUGGAUUCAUUGCGCGGGGAGUCACAUUCCGCAACACUGCAGGUCCGCAAAACCACCAAGCAGUGGCUCUCCGAUCCGGUUCCGACCUCUCUGUGUUCUACCGCUGUGGAUUCGAAGGGUACCAGGACACUCUCUAUGUCCACUCCGAACGCCAGUUCUACAAAGAAUGCUACAUCUACGGCACGGUGGACUUCAUCUUUGGAAACGCGGCCGUGGUUCUCCAGAAUUGCAUGAUCUACGCACGAAGGCCUAUGAGUGGCCAGAAGAACGUGAUUACGGCCCAAGGUCGGACGGACCCGAAUCAAAACACGGGGAUCUCAAUCCACAAUUCUAGGGUCAUGGCCUCUCCCGAUCUACAACCGGUGCUUAGCUCAUUCAAAUCAUUCUUGGGUCGGCCAUGGAAACAAUACUCACGUACCGUGUAUCUGCAAACUUACCUUGAUACACUAAUUGAUCCGGCUGGUUGGCUAGAAUGGGAUGGCAAUUUUGCACUAAGCACGUUGUACUAUGGAGAAUAUAAGAACGUAGGCCCAGCUGCCUCGACAAGUGGGCGUGUGAAGUGGUCAGGCUACCGGGUCAUAACGAGCUCCAGUGAAGCCUCAAAAUUCACCGUCGCCAACUUUUUAGCGGGACAAUCAUGGUUGCCUGCAACCGGAGUCCCGUUCACUUCUGGCCUUUGAAGAAGUUCUAUGCAAUAUAAUCCUUCUAAUUCUUGUUAUGUCGAGUUAAAUCACGGCAUUCUUUGAUCCGUUUAGCUAAAAAUAAUUUCGUUAACGUUUUGAUAUUGGGUCGAACAGGAAAGGCAGAAAUGUUCUCGUGACCAAAUUGUCUGAUCUGCAAUUGGAUUAAAAAGAACGGGGAUCUUUCUGUUGUUUGUUUCUUGAGUUGCACAGACUUUCAGGGAUAUUUGGAGUAAUGUCA